UUUUUCUCUCUUGCUCUCUCCCAGUCGUCCAAAUCCUUAUUCUUCUCCUUGACCAAAACAAUUCUUUCUCUCCCUCGUCUUUAAUCUCGGUAAUAAAAGAAAGGGGAAAGGCAUUAGCAUUUGAUGUGGGGCAUUAGGGUUUCAUCGGACUCUAAUUGUUGCUCUGUGCUGAAAAAUUUCUUUCUGAGAGUUUCUAGGUCAUGAUGCCCAAGAGUUGCUUUUUCAUCCUGCAAUCCAGUCUUCAAUAGUCUGUUCCACCUCUCAAUUCUUCUUACAAUAGUCUCUUUUUUCAUAACUCAGCAGAUUGUAGUUGCUACUUCAUACUAGCAAUUUCGGCAGUUUAGAUAUACAGAAGAGUAAAUGAAUAGAGAAAUUAGGCCAUUGAACAAAGAAGUUACCAAACGACAGAAAAACUAGUUCUGUCGUUUUAAAAGAGCAUCGUCAAAUACGGAGAACUAACAGCUUCUCUCGCACCGAACACUAACUAAAUUGGAGACGCUCAAAUCUUCCGCCUGAAAACCCUAACCCUAAAUGGCACACUCAAUAUCAGAUCAUGACACGAAUCGGACGGAGAACCCAAAUACCCGACUCUACAACCCUUACCAAGACCUAAAUCUUCCAAUUCAAACUCUCUACCAGCUCCCGACCUCACCGGAAUUUCUAUUCACAGAAGAAUCACUCCGGCAGCGCCGUUCUUGGGGUGAAAAUCUCACCUUUUACACCGGCUCCGCUUAUCUCUCCGCCUCUAUCGGCGGGGCCUCCGUUGGAUUCUUUUCCGCUCUCAAAUCCUUCGAACCUACCGAUACUUUGAAGCUCAAAGUGAAUCGGAUCCUUAACUCUUCCGGUCAUUCGGGUCGGGUAUGGGGAAACCGCAUCGGAAUUGUUGGAUUGAUUUAUGCUAUGACGGAAAGUGGUGUUGUGGCGGUAACUGAUAGAGAUGAUGUCUGGACUAGUGUGGCGGCGGGGCUUGGUACUGGGGCGGUGUGUAGGGCGGCGAGAGGUGUUAGGUCGGCGGCGGUCGCUGGAGCUUUGGGUGGAUUGGCGGCUGGUGCGGUGGUUGCUGGGAAGCAAAUGAUGAAGAGGUAUGCGAUGAUUUAAAAAAGGUUUGCUGCUUAGUAGGGCUACAAGAAGUUUGAGGUGCUUGUAAAACAACUUUACAUAGGAGUACGUUCGUACUUGGGUCUUAUUUCGUCUGGCUCGUAAAAAAUGCAUCAGAUUCCGAGAAUAAAAUGCCUCCUAGACACAGGCUAGAAGCACUUUCAUACGUGGGUCUUGUUUCAUCUGGCUUGUGAAAAAUACAUCAGAUUCUGAGAAUACUAUGGCUCCUAGACACAGGCUGUUUAUCAAUUUUGUCUAAUGGAUAGAGAAGUAUUUUUGCUUCUUUCUAGCGAAGCAGGAUCUUUACCUAGGAUAUAUUUUUUUGUAAUAUUCCCAUCUCUUUCCUCAGCUCAAUUCUUGUUUGCAAAAUGAUUCACUUAUUGUAAAUCACUGUAAAGUAUGGAUUGAGAAAGAGGAGAAGAAUCAAGGAAACAAGCAAUGAAGAAGGAAAAUUUUAUUCAAAAUAAGAUCUGUUAUAUAUUAAUUUCAGUAAUUAUGUAAUCUAUUUUAUAAUGGCAGCCACAAGCUCAUUAGCAUCA